UCUUGAACAAGCUACCUCGCUAUUGCCAUCGGCAAAAGCCCACCUGUAUAGAUAGCUACGCACAUAAAUCGCUUUGGAUGGGCGCCCCGGCUAAAUUAAUAACACCGUCUAUUUUGUCAUUUUCGACUGUUCUCGGGCUUUGCGUGACCACGCACGUUUUGAGACUCGGUGCCGAAUCGGAUGCGAAGCUCCUAUGCGUUUUCAGUCGCUCACUGGAAGUACAGUAGCGUGAUGCCAGCUACAUUAAGCGACACCAGCUUGGCAGCACCAGUCAAAAUAAAAGUCCCCCAAACCCUGCUGUAGCUAGUCACUAUACUCUCCCCGGACAGUGUCGGGUUUCAGGAAGCGACAGACAGGAGAAAUGAGUAAGAUUUCCAAGCUGUUCAAGGGCUCCUCGAAGAACCGGGCAGGUCCGUCUCCCCAGGAGGCGAUCCACAAACUCCGGGAGACGGAGGAGAUGCUGACCAAAAAGCAGGAGUACCUGGAAAAAAGGGUCGAGCAAGAGAUCGCCACUGCUAGAAAACACGGUACCAAAAAUAAAAAAGCUGCUCUCCAGGCACUGAGAAAGAAGAAACGGUUUGAGCAACAGCUGGCUCAGAUCGAUGGCACGUUAUCCACCAUUGAAUUCCAGAGAGAGGCACUGGAGAAUGCCAACACCAACACUGAGGUGCUCAAGAACAUGGGCUAUGCUGCCAAAGCCAUUAAAGGCGUCCAUGAGAAACUGGACCUGGAUAAGAUUGAUACACUGAUGCAAGACAUUACUGAACAGCAGGAGGUAGCACAGGAAAUCUCUGAUGCCAUCUCAUGCCCUGUUGGAUUUGCUGAAGAGUUUGAUGAGGUAAAAAAAGAAAUCUUCUAAAAUGAGUGUGACUGG